AUGUCUGGGAGAGGGAAGGGUGGUAAGGGUCUAGGCAAAGGUGGUGCGAAGCGUCAUCGUAAGGUCCUGAGAGACAACAUCCAGGGCAUUACUAAGCCGGCCAUCCGGCGCCUCGCUCGGCGUGGCGGAGUGAAGCGGAUCUCGGGUCUCAUUUACGAAGAGACUCGGGGUGUCCUGAAGGUGUUCCUGGAGAACGUGAUCCGGGAUGCUGUCACUUACACGGAGCACGCCAAGCGCAAGACGGUCACCGCUAUGGACGUAGUGUACGCGCUUAAGCGCCAAGGCCGCACCCUGUACGGCUUUGGGGGCUGA